AUGCCGCCGCCACCACCCGCUUCCACCACCGCGUCGCCCCUCUUUCUCGGCCUCGACCUCUCGACCCAGGCCCUCAAGGCUUCCCUCCUCGACAACUCGCUCGCCGUACUCGACGAGCUCGAGGUCCGCUUCGACCGCGACCUCCCGCACCAUGCAACAAAGGGCGGCGUGCUCGCUCCUCAGCCGGGCGACCCCCCGGGCACCGUCGUGGCCCCCGUCCUGCUCUACGUCGAGGCGCUCGACCGCAUGGCAGACAAGAUCAAGCAGAAGCAAUGGGCUGUCGACCGCAUCCGGGGCAUCAGCGCAGCAGGUCAGCAACACGCCUCGGUCUACUUUUCGCGCCAGGCUCCCUCGCUCCUCGCUUCCCUCUCGCCCGCCGCCACCCUGGCCGACCAGCUGCCCUCGGCCUUUUCGCGCGACGUCGUCCCCAACUGGCAGGACAGCUCCACGGCGGCAUCCUGCGCCGCCUUUGAGCACCUCUACCCGGACGGCGCACGCGGCCUGGCCCGCGUCACGGGCUCCCGCGCCCACACCCGCUUCACGGGCCCCCAGAUCCACGCCUGGCGCCAGUCGCACCCGCAUCAGUACAAAGACACCCACCGCAUUGCACUCGUCUCGUCGUUUGUCACCACCCUUCUCUGCGCCGGCCGAGGCAACCGCGACGCCGAUGCCAGCGACGACGACCCCGUCAAGCCCAUCGACGAGAGCGACGCUUGCGGCAUGAACCUGUGGGACAUGCGGCCCGACUCGGAGCACACCUCCGAGACAAAGGGCAGCCUCGAGCCCGGCUGGAAUUGGGAGCUCCUCCGUCUCGUCAGCGGCGAGAGCGAGCGAGGCGACGCCGGCGAAGCCGACGACCUGGGCGGCGCCGCCGAGCUCGAACGCAAGCUGGGCGUCGUGGCGCGCGACACGGGUCGAGCGGUGGGCAAGGUGGGGCAGUGGUGGGUGGAGCGGUAUGGCUUCCAUCCGGACUGCGAUGUCUUCCCGGGGACGGGCGACAACCCGGCCACGUUUCUCGCCUUUAGCCUGGCCGAGGGCGAGGCCAUCGUCUCGCUCGGCACCUCGGACACGGUCAUGGUCUCGACGGCCCAGUACGUGCCCCACCCCGAGUUCCACGCCUUUGUCCAUCCAGCCAAGACUGCCUCGUCGUCGUCGUUGUCGUCGUCCGGCGGCGGGUCUUCUUCUUCUUCCUACUUCAACAUGCUCGUCUACAAGAGCGGAUCGCUGGCGCGCGAGUGGGUGCGCGACGAGUUUUGCGAGUCGAGCUGGGACCGCUUCAAUGCCGAUGUCGAGUCGACCAGGCUCGAGGAGGGCGAGGGGAAAGAGCAGAGGGUCGGCUUCUACUGGCUCCGCCCAGAGAUUAUCCCGGACGGAGCGAGCGGAGUACACCGCUAUGCACGCCCCACGUCGUCGUCGGCGGGCGAAUUCACGCGCGUGCCCUCGUUUUCAAAGGCGUCGUGCAACGCCUCGGCGAUCCUGGAAACCCAGUUCCUCAAUUACCGUCACCGCUCUUUGUCGAUCGUCUCGUCGCCCUCCUCUUCCUCUGCCUCGCCUCGCUCGACCCCAACCUCGGGCGGAAUCAAGAGGCUCUACGCGGUAGGCGGGGCAUCUUCGAACCCGGUCAUCUGUCAAGUCCUCUCGGACGUGUUUGGCAGCGACGUCGUCAAGCCCGUCCAGCCCGUCGCCGUCGUCGAUCAGGCGCCAGGGGCAAAGAGGUGGACGGCAGCGCACUACAACUUCUGUUCGGUCGGUGCGGCCUACAAGGCCAUUUGGGGAUGGCACCGUUCCCAAGUCGCCUCCUCUUCUUCUACCACUGCCGGGGCGGGGGCGGGGGCGGUUCCGCAGGAGUUUGACGCGUUCAUCAAGUCGAUCAAAUCCCGUUCAUCGUCUUCCCCCUCGUCCUCCUCCUCCUCCUCGUCCCCCUCUCAACACGAUGAGAACAACGACGACGAGGAGACGCAGGGCGGCGUACAGGUCGUCGCACACCCGCGCCCUGACCGGACAGCCAUCUACGACUCGUUCGUCGCGCAGUGGAAGACCCUCGAGGAUAGGGCGGUACGAGGCGAGUGA